AUGGGAGGUGUUGUCGUUGGGGGUCUUAAUGAAAAGUACAUUUCGAUUCUCUCGCACAGCGCCUGCCUGCUUGAUCUAUGCGACACCCGCCCCGAGAUAAAGAUGCGGUUGGCCUCAGCCAUUGUCGGACCCCUUGCGUUUUCUCCUGUCGAAACAAACAACGCCUUUCAGAGACAGCCAACGAAACCGGUUUUCCGUUCAAACCGUCUUAAUCACGAGAUUCCCCAAGCAUUAACAUCUAGCUCUCCCUCUCUUCAGCUCGCCGGCGGCGUGCUGCUUCGUGCCGCCCGAAUACCCAGGCCCAACGUCGAUUAG